AUGAAUUCUUUUUGGCUCGGAAGGCACAUGGUGAGACAUAUCCUGCAUUUGCAAUUUGCAUCGAGACUACAUCAAAAUCUCCAAUUCUAUUUUCAAAGUCGGAAGGUUGAAACGUUGGAUCAAGCACUUUCACUGCUAGUCGUGGACCGAAUGAAGAAAUUGUUGCCAAAAAACUUGUUGGAACAUGUAUUAGCUCAGGAAGGUGAGGAAUGGUUAACUCACGAACGUCUGGCCAAUGUUGUGGAAAUAUAUGAGGCCAACAUGAACAUGAGACUGUCUAGUAAUGUAGCCUCAGGCUAUAAACCACUCCAAACGGCUGUACGUCCCGGAACACAUCCCAAAUGGCUCAACAAAAAGGUUGUAAAAGGAUCAAUAUCAAAGGUAGGUUGUUAUCACUGUGGUAGUCGGGGACAUCUUGCUAAAUUUUGUACCCAGAAAACAAAUCAUAACUCCAUCAAGAAGCUCUUGAAAUGCCAGGUCACUGCUAUGCCUCAGGCCACAAAGAAGUUGAAGAAACCAGGUAUUACUCCUGGGACCAUACAGGCUGAAAAAUACUUCAAAAGACCAUUUGUUCAGGUUAAAAUUCAAGCUGGUCCGACCUGUGCAACAUUGGAAGAUAGUGGAGCAGAAGUAUGUAGAAUCUCUCAAGACUUAUGUCACAAGUUAAACAUACCCAGAGGGGAACGCGAAAGUAUUGCCCCCGCUGUACGAGUAUGGUGUGCAGUGGUACCUAAUGCCAGCGAACAGUUAAUUAUUACACCCAAGAUGGUAGAAUUGUUGAAGAUGGCAGAACAGUAUGUGGUACCUGCCGUGAAACUCGAGAUGACCGAGAAUAUCACACCAAUCAAGUUGGGGAAUGAGAGCACCUUGACGUUCUACAACACUGAUAGCUUCCAGAUACCAUGUCAGGAGAGGUGUGGACGAUCUGAUAGGCGUGAUGGUGUUGAUGCAGCCAAACGUCGUGUCAGUGAAAAUGAUGAUAAGUGUAAUGAUGAAAGCAUUGUUAGAUCACAUAAGGUUAACAAAGCUGGUACCCAUACAGUUCACAACAAUAAUAGUAAUAACAAUAAAAGUAAUGUUGGACGAUAUGAAGUAGCUCACAACAGCAGCAACAGCAACACUACUGAUGGCAGCAGUAUUUUAGAUAAGGUUGGGAAUGAACUAGUUAAUGAAAAUAAUAAUUGUAAAAUAUAUGGCAGUGGUAUUGUAGAUAUAGUUGAUGAUCAUGAGGUUGAUGAGGAGAAAGAUGAUGAAGUCAGUGGAAUUAAUAAUUGUAAUUUGGAUGCCAGCAGUGUUGAUGGUGAUGAGGAUCACGACGUUGAUGGUGAGGAGGAUGAGAAGAUGGAACGUAAUGUUGGUAAUGUUGAUCAGGCAGAUGAUGCUGGUAACGUUGGUCAGUCGGAUGAAGCAGAUAAGGUAGAUGGUGUGGGAGAUGUGGUUCGGUCAGGGGAAGCAAGGGUUGGUAGCGACGGUGGUCGAUUAGUCGAUGAUGAAGAGGCGGAUGUUCAUGAUAAUGAUGGUGGUCAGGAAGAUGCGACGAUGAAGAAUAAUAAAUGUAAUAUUAGAGAUGAAGAUGAUAAAGAGAGUGUGGAAAGUGGCUGUACGCUGGAAAAGAAAAAAUUCCUUCAGGAACAACGUAAAUUGAAGAAGUUGAAACAGUAUCCGCUCGUACGUGCUCACAGCACUGGCAGGAACAAGUCUGCAUACUAA